CCUGGAUAAUGGUGAGAAAGUCUUCAGGAGCAAGAAUCGACAUUUUAUUCUCCCUCAGAAGGUAAAAAAACAAUUCUUGGAAAAAGAAAAAACAUAAUGGCUGUCCCAGAAGAUGAUAAUAUAAUCAAAGAGAGCAUUAAUUUACAAGACAUGCAACUUGAUGAAAAUCAGCUGAAAAAAAAAGUUCCAGGAUUCUGGUCAGUAAGAUAUGGUCUGGCAAUCAUCAUACACUUCUGUCUAUUUGUAACUACCUCACAAAAUUUGAGUCUGAGUAUUGCCAUUGUUGCCAUGGUGAACAGUACAGGCCAGUCUAAUCAGACCAAUGUUUCCAUGAAGGGGCAGUCUGAUGUCACCCCAGAUGCAGGGGUCCCUGCUUAUGACUGGAGUCCAGAAAUUCAGGGAAUAAUUCUCAGUUCUAUUACGUAUGGUCAAAUCAUCACAUUAACCCCAAGUGGGUAUUUUGCUGGAGUGCUUGGAGCAAGAAAAAUAUUCAUGAUUGGAUUGUUCAUCUCCUCAGUUCUCAGCUUCUUGAUACCAUUAGCAGCAGCCCAAGGAAUGGUUUACAUAAUUCUGACAAGGACAGCCCAGGGCAUGGCCCAGGGGAUGGAAUUUGGAACUUCACCAUCUUUCUGGGUAAAAUGGGCUCCGCCACUGGAACGGAGUAGAAUAAGUAGCAUUACCUCAUCUGGUGCAAUUUUAGGGAUCUUCACUGUCCUCCUUGUGGGUGGAUUCAUCUGUCAAUCCCUAGGUUGGCCAUACAUCUUUUAUAUCUUUGGAGGAAUUGGCUGUGUCUGCUGUGUUAUUUGGUUUUUCCUAGUUUAUGACGAUCCCAUAAAUCACCCCUAUAUAAGUGAGAGUGAAAAGGAAUACAUCACUUUUUCAUUGGCUGGAGAGAACAGCUCUCCCAGUUGGUCUUUGCCCAUCAAUGCCAUGAUCAGGUCCCUUCCUCUUUGGGCCAUCAUAAUCACUGGCUUUUGUCGAUUCUGGUUAGUCACCAACCUGACAAUAUCACUGCCACUACUGAUAAACAUUAUGUUUGAUUUUGACAUCAGAAAUAAUGGAAUUCUGAGUGCACUGCCUUCUAUUGCUGCAUGGAUCUGUAUUACCAUAGGAAGCCAAAUGGCAGAUUUCCUCUUGACCAAGAAGAUUCUGAGUCUAGUAGUAGUUCGGAAACUCUUCACAGUUCUGGGAAUGCUUCUCCCAUCAGUAUUCAUCACAGCUGUGCCAUACGUCAAUUCCAUCACUGCUAUUACCUUACUGAUGCUCUCUAUGGGAAUAAGCUGCCUGUGUUACUCGGGAUUCAUGAUUAAUUCCCUAGAUAUCGCUCCCAGAUAUACUAGUUUUCUUAUGGGACUUGGAGGAGUUUUUACUAUGAUACCAGGAAUUAUUUCACCCAUUGUUACUGGAUACCUUAUAAAUCAGGAGAUGAACGCCAAUUCCUGGGAAAGGACCAGCCAUAAGAAUUCUUUGGAAACUGCUAAUACCUUGAUGAUGGAGAACACCAAUCCACAGGAAGAACACAAUGAGCAGCAGCACCCAAAAGUGAAAAGGUUCUGUUCAGUAAGAUAUGGCAUGGCCAUCUUAAUACAUCUCUGUAAUUUAAUAUUAUCUGCACAACAUCAAAGUAUGAGCAUUGCCAUCAUUGCUAUGGUGAAUCACACAGACCAGUCAAAUCAUUCCAGCAUUUCCACAAAAGAAUAUCGUGAUGCCACUACAGACACAGGGAUUCCAUCAUAUGAGUGGAGCCCAGAAAUGCAGGGUUUCCUCCUCAGUGUUAACAUGUUUGGUAUAAUGAUCACUACAAUUCCAACCGGAUAUUUUGCUGGUGUUCUUGGAGGAAAGAAAAUAGUUGGGUUAGCACUGCUUAUCAGCUCAGUUCUCAACCUCUUGGUACCAUUAGCAGCAGACUAUGGACUGCCUUACUUGUGUCUCAUAAGGAUAAUACAAGGCUUGAGUCAGGGGAUGUCCAGUGGUGCUUUACCUGCAUUUUGGCCAAAAUGGGCUCCACCACUGGAACGUACACAACUAAUUAUCAUUGGUCUUGCUGGUACCACAAUGGGAAGUUUCAUUGGUGUCAUUGUUGGUGGAUUCCUCUGUGAGUACCCAGGCUGGCCAAGUAUCUUUUACAUCUUUGGAGGCUUUGGCUGUGUCUACAGUAUUGUCUGGUUUUUUCUAGUUUAUGAUGAUCCCUUAAAUCACCCACUCAUAAGUGCUAAUGAAAAGGAAUACAUCAUUUCUUCAAUAAUUGAACAGGUCAAUUAUUCCCAUUGGUCUUUGCCCUUCAAAGCUAUAAUCAAGUCACUGCCAUUUUGGGCCAUUAUAAUCCCUGCCAUUUGUCGAUUCUGGCUAGUUAGCAACUUAACAAUAUCACUGCCAACGCUAUUGAAUAAUAUGUUUGAUAUAAACAUCCAAACUAAUGGGUUUCUGAGUGCACUGCCUCUUAUUACUUCCUGGAUUACUAUGACCUUGGGGAGUCAUACAGCUGAUUUCCUCCUGUCCAAGAAGGUUUUCACACUCAUCCGAGUUAGGAAACUCUUCACAUUCUUGGGAAUGCUUCCCCCCUCUUUAUUCAUCUUAGCUAUGCCAUACGUCGAAACCAUUAUUGCUAUAAUCUUUUUGAUACUGGCUCAGUCAUUGAGUGGCCUGUGUUACUCUGGAUUCAUCAUUAAUCCUCUAGACAUUGCUCCCAGAUAUACUAGCUUUAUCAUGGGACUGGAAACUGUUUCAAUGUUGAUUUCAGGGCUCAUUUCUCCCAUUGUUACUGGUCACUUCAUUAAACAGGAUGCUGCAACGGGCUGGAAGAAUGUUUUCUUUAUAUCAUCUGCUAUUAAUCUCUUAGGAAUGGUUUUCUACCUCAUCUUUGGUCAAGCAGACAUCCAAGACUGGGCCAAAGAGGAGAGACUCACCCGCUUCUGAGUACCCAUUGGUAAUGAACUGAAUGCCAAAAGCAUCCUUAAUGAUUUUCACUGUUAUUUCCAACUUCUCAACUCUUAGCCAAGAUAUGUGAAUGACCAGUUUCUCUUUUUAAUAUCCACAUUUCUUGUGAAUGUCUCCCCAUUUCCAUUCACUUAGCUACCACCCUAGUUUGGGUCCUCAUCACCUAUGGCUUAGUCUAUUGUAAUUUCCUUUUGGGUCUCCAUGCCAUAUUUCUUCCUUACUCUGAUGAAUCUUCCACACAGCUGACAAAAUGAUUUUCCUAAAGUACAGGUCUGAUCAUGUCAUUCCCUUCUAAUCAACAAAUUCCACUAUCUUCCAAUUGUCUCUAAAAUCAAAAACAAACUCUUUGACAUUUGAAGCCCUUCACAGCCUGGCCAUUUCCUACCUUUCUGAUCUUCUUAUAGUUUAUCCCCCUUCUCAUAUUCUGCUGGCUUGCCUUCUCAUUAUUCUGCACAUAUAAUAUUCUCCAUCUCCAGUCUUCAUCAACAAUCACUAGUUUUCAUAUUUGAAAUGCAUUUCCUCUUCAGCUCUGACACUUAGAAUCUGAGAUUUUCUUCAAGAUCCAGUUCAAGUGGCAUGAAUCUUUCACUUGUCCCUUCCCCAGCACUAGGAGAUUUCCCAAAAACAUACCAAUAAAGUAAUUAUCUUGUAUUGUGGUAAUUAAAAUCAUUCUGUUUCAUUUAAUAAUUCUAUACUGUGAUUUUAUUUUAUCUUACUGCCCCAUUUUGUAUAAUUGCUCAAAUCAUAUUUCUCUGAGUUAGCUCAGGAAUGCAGUUUUCUUUCCGAGUCACUUUAAAGGUACAAUUAAAAGGGAAUGUUUUAUCACUCUAUUAGCCCCUGGAACAUCUGCUUGCUGUCUAAAAACUCGACCAACUUAACCUGGUGCCAUCCCCCAGAAGAUGUCUUUAUUCUUACCCGCAGUUAGAUGAGAUUUGAUUUCCUCCAAUUGGACAACAAGGCCAAUGGUAGUGAUCCCUAGUGAGUAUAAGAAAAGGCAGGUGAAUCCCAUAAAACAACAUUCUUUAAUUGUCAGAGAGGUCCCUCAAAAUCAACACAUUUUUAUCAGCAUAGGUAAUUGUAUUCUUUCCCAACCAACCAGGUCCGCUUCUUUUCCCACAUAUCAGUAAAGAAGUUCUCUCUUUUGUCAUUGGGGUGACUUACCACAAUAGUCAAUCUGACUCAUUUUGUGAACAGUUAUAUAAAUCAUGGUUAAUAAACUGAUUAUGCUCAGA